AGUACCACAUCCAGUAACAGAUGAUUAAUAAAUCAAUGAGCUCUAGUGGUGUAGUUAACAAAACAAACUUAUUCUAAACACAACGAUCGCAAAUCUGUAGUUUCAAUCCAUGCAGUUGUAAAAACGUGGGAUUGGGGCGAGUUGACAAACUAUUGGGACGAGUCAGUUAGGUGCGAAUGUGUUUUGGAACGAGUUUUGUCAAUCGUCAUCUAGUAGUAGUACCAGUCUACGGAGUACUUCCUUUUUCCUGUUCAAUUUCAACAUCAUAACAUGGCAUUCAUUUUUAUAUCUUGUCAGUGAGUCUUACUUUGUAAUAAUGUAAUAUUUUGAGUACAUUUUUUACUGAUUUCACUUAGAUCUUAAAUGAUGAUACGUGACAGAAACCAGAGCCAUUUCUUGACCUGGAAAAUGCAGUGAGAAAAUAGAACCAAUCCAAUGCAUAAAAUCGUAAACGCUUGUCAUAAUGAUAAUGUCAACUGUCAAUGUCAGGUUUUAUUUACAAACUUUUACCGAACAAAAAACCCUCAGUUCCACUCGCAUUGACCGUUAACGUUAGCUGACCCAGACACUCACUCACUGAGAAAUAUUUUUACUUGGUCCCAGCUUUCUAUAAGGCAAUUUUACAGUGGUUGUUUCCUGUUUGAUCUUCAGAGAAAAGCGACGUUACAUUUCUGUAGGUUUAUUUACCAUAUAUAAUUUGGGGUCGGUUCAUCUUGACGAAUUCUGUACACCAUGAUCAUGUACUUGUGUAUGAAUAAGAUGAGCAGAAACAAUAACUUGUGUAUUUUACAUGGUUUUGAUAAUUAUUGUUGUCACUACCGCUGUUAAAACAUGUUUCAAGGAGAUCCAUAACACUCAGUUACACUGUUGAAACAUCGAAGUUCAUGUACUUUAUUGUCAAGACAUUCUACCAUGAUGAUGAAGCCUCCAGUUUGGUACAUUACCUGGAUUUUCAUAGUGUCUGUGGGCAUUGUGUUGUGUGUUGAGGUCAAGACUAGAUCCUGUGUCCCUGGUCAGCUGCAAAAAGUUAACAGCGCAACAGGGGAGACAGUCUGCUGCCUGCCUGUCUACUGCGAUCAUGAUCACUAUGCGCGGCCAUGUUCACAAAACGGAACAUCCGACAUGUGUACGCCCUGUGCCGAAGGAACGACUCUGGCUUACGGAUCAAACUCGUAUCAUCCCAAAGUGUGCUACAGGAGGCCUCCUUGUGCCCAGUUUCCUGAAAUGGCUGCAAUUGAUUCGGAUACGUGUGAGUGUAACCGAGAGAGCGGUCUCCAUGAACAGCAGCCGGAGAACACCCCGGUACCAGGGCUAGGACCCAGCAUUGGCGCCCCCUGUCAGCCACUUCAUAAUUUUUUGGUGUGUGGGAAGGGGAGACAACCCGUGCAAGGAGAGUGCAAGGCCUGUCCUCCUGGUUACUUCAAGUCUGAUAACUCCGAUUAUGGGCUCUGUCAACAAGAGAGAAACUGUGGCAUGCUGGGAUUGAAAACUAAAGCUGCCAGCACCACAACAAGCAACGCCGUGUGUGAGGACCCAGUGAUCACUGACGUCACCAAGUCACCAGCAGCAGCUACAACAACAGCAGCUACAACAGAUAAAACUCUGCUACCAUACGUCAAAGUGCCAGAAAUCGUGGAUGACGUAGACGUCAAGAGUGGGGAAACACCAUAUUACUGGAUUGCGAUUGUCCUGGGCCUGUUAGUUCUUCUGCUUGUGGGCGGCCUUCUGUAUUACAAGAGAAGCAGAAUUUGGCAAUUUGUAGCCCAAUGCAGACAGACAGAAGCGAAUAUUCCACUGACCUCUGUAAGAGUUGAUGAGUCGGGAGACAAUGUUGCCAUUGGGGCUGUUUCCUAUAAGGCCACCAAUGGAAGCAAUGGUGUGGUUCAGAAUGGCCAUUCAAGGGUAUCACCGGCACCAGGGCCAGGUCUCGAGAAUCGUGAUGUCGGAAGAGAAGAACACUCGUCUCUGAACCAUCGCGAUGAAGAUGGCGCCAGUGAGAGAGAUUCAUUGCUGGAUUCCAACCCAAAUGGAACCGUCACAACCGGAUUGUGUAGCAGAGCAAAUAGUAGUACAGUACUGUCCGGAACAUCAGAAUCGUAUCCAACGUACUUAUGUAAUCCAGAGUCUUCGGUAGCUGCGGAGAUGUCAUUGCCAGAUAAGACAAAGAAGGCAGAAGUGGAUGGUGAUCCUUCAUUUGUAGGAGGUGGUGAAAGACAUGGAGCUGUGGAAGGACUACGGCUUCGUGAUUUUGGGAAGUCAGAAAUAGAAGCAGGUAGAUCUGUAGGUGAAGAACCUAGGAUGGAUCAUUUGAAGUUUGGUGUGGACAGAAAUGUCCGUACAUCUGGAGGUUCUGCUUCAGGGCAAGGUUGUGGUGGUGUUGGUGGAGGAGGAGGAAUCCAGCCGAAACCGGAGUUUAUCUCCAAUGGCAGAGUUCAUACCGGUGAAGUGACUGAGAAAGCUGUUGCCCGUAAGGACGGAAAGCAUUUAUGCAACGACAGAAAUAAUACUCAGCCAAAAUAUGUUGUGAGUAGCUCUGAGGGAGGUGGACGUUGUGGCCAACUAAGAGGAUCAGGAGAUGGACGUUGUGGCCAAGGAAACCGAUCAGAAGAUUCUCGAGGUGUAGAUCUGGCAGCAAGUCCUGAUGACACCUCACUCAAGCACGUCACGGAUUCUGUGGGUUCGGAAGUGGAGACACGUAGAAAACUUGUUGUGAAUCUACCACGUUCAAAUGAUCUGACAGAUUCUCAUCACACAACAAAGAAACAAGUAGAUCCAGCUUCUUCAAAACACGAUCCUUCACCUUCUGCAGAAAUGGCACGUGGAUGUGUCAGUGAUUCAUUAUGCUCAAGUUCUGACACACAUUCUCAAGUGACGACACCGAAACAAGUGGAUUAUGAAUCAGAAAGUAAACCAAGUAUUGGUUCUGCCCAGAGACACAUUCUGGACCAAAAGCCUCAAAAUAAAGAACCGCAUUCUACCGAAAUAUCUCAUCGUUCCUCGGGUAGAGGUGCUGAUCCAGAUGCAACUGAUGUAAAACAGCCAGUGUCUUCUAAUGAUCUCGACUCGGGAAUCAGUCGGGAUAACCCGCCAGUUACUCAGCAGCCAGUGACUUAUAACAACGUCGAUUCUCAAAUGUGUCGUCGAGACAAUCUGCCAGUUGAUUCUAGUCCAGCUGGCGUUCACAGAAACAAGACUGAGGUAGACCAGACAGCCAGGACUGACAAUGUUAACAAAAAUAGAAGACAGCUGCCACAGCGAGCAAUUUCUGAAGAGAACACGGAGAAACCGGUUGGGCGUGUUAAGCCGAUGAUUUCCCAGAAUUCCACAUCCUCACAAGGGGAGGGAGGGAGGCUCCCAACUCCCUCAGCAGACAUGGUGACGCAGUCUCCAUUUGACUAUUCGAGGGCACAGCGUGACCUAGCGAGGGUGACCCCAGGAAAUGAGCGGGUUUAGUGAGAUCGCUACAGGAUGAUGUUUCAUUCCCCACGCUGUACUCGGAAAGUUCGAAUUCUCGUUCUUAAGACCUUGAAGCCGUUUUAUAGAAGAAGGUGUGCAAGAUGGUUGCUGACUGAUUUGGAUAAAAGUUCCACCAUUGUUGUAAUAUAUAGUUGUGUCCCUUGUACCGAUUUCCAGAAUGCCCUUGCUUUAAAGGUAUACAUACUUGGGUGUUUUACAACAUUGGUAUUUGUACGUAGGUUAUUUGUACCUAAAAAUUAAGUUCUUUCCAGAAAUAUAUUAAUAUAGCAGAAGUGUAAAAGUUUUACACUUUUGUAUUUUGCAAGCUUUGUAUGUUUUGUAAAACCCCAAAAUAAAUUAAUGUAUUUUGUACAAUAAUUUUUAAAAAUAAUAAUAAUACUGAAAUUGUGAACAGUGCUGAAUUAUUCAAAUAUCCAAUAUGUAUAUUUUAACUUGUGAAUUUUAUAAUAUAUUAUUUUACGCAUGCAUAUAUAUAUAUACAAUAUAUUUAUGUGCGUAUAGUUACUUAAUUGCCAAGCAAAUGUGGUGUCAGGUUGGAAGAUCUAAAGGUUGGGGUCUUUAAAGAGACAUUCCUGAGUUUGCUGUAAUUUUUAAGAUGUUAUCGACUAACAGAGACAUUUUAACGAUUGUAAUUACAUAUCAAAUAUAUUAGUGACUGUGCAUUAAACGUGUUUUUGAUC